UCCUCUGGAGCUCAUGUAACGGAAAGGGGCGCAUCUAUUGUGGAACUCCACUUGGGCCGCUCCGUGUUUGUUUAUGUGUGCAGGCGAAAGUCGUGGGAUGACGGAACGCAGAAGUGAGGGGGACGUGAGUAGGCCGGCAGCGGAUAGAAGCACUGCUAUUACUUCGGGAGAACCCUUCUUCGCAGCCAUGGGAAAGGUGCUCUCCUGUUUCCGAACCACGCCUCAGCCAGACGCGAAGCCAGCGCAUUUGAUCCCUCCUCCCGAUGGACACAGCAGCAUCGUGCAAAUUCGGAGCGUGGACUUACUUGUGUCUGAGAACGCACAGAGGCACCACACAGAUGCUUUCGUGCAGACGAGGCUGGACCAACCGAUCCUCGUCGUGCGUCGAGGAGAUGCCUUCCAGUUACGACUCUCCUUGAGUCGUGAAUACAAUCGGGACAAGGAUGCCGUCGUUUUUGUCUUCACUGUCAAAGAUGAACCUGCGGCGUCUUUCACCAAAAAUACUGUGGCUGUUGUGCCCCUGGAUCCUUUGGACUCCAAUGAGACGUUCCAGAGCCCUUGGAGAGCAGCUGUCCGUAGCGCCAGCGAAAUUGCCCUUGUGGUUGAGAUUACCCCUCCUGCAGAUGUCAUCGUUGGAGAAUGGACAAUGGACAUUGACACAAAACUCCGAUCGGAAAAUGACAACAUUGGGUACCGCUACACCCACAAGAAUCCAAUCUAUCUCCUCUUUAAUCCGUGGUGUAGGCAGGACAGUGUACACAUGCCCGAUACAAAGCUGAGAUAUGAAUGUGUUCUUAUGGACAGUGGUGUCAUCUGGAGGGGAAGCCAUAGUAGACUUCGACGAACCGUCUGGAACUAUGGACAGUUUGAGAAGGACGUCCUGGAGUGCUGCUUCUACCUCCUGCGGCACGUGGGAAAAUUGCCCGUCACGGGCUGCGCAGAUGUUAUCCGCGUUACUAGACACAUAUCCGCAGUGGUGAACUCCCCAAACGAGGAUGGAGUGCUGGUUGGGAUGUGGAAAGACAAAUUCUCGGGCGGUACAGCGCCUACGGCUUGGUCUGGCAGCACAACAAUACUGCAGCAGUUCUACAAGAAUAAAAAGUCUGUGAAGUAUGGUCAGUGCUGGGUCUUCGCGGGAGUAGUCACUACAAUUUGUCGAGCACUAGGAAUCCCUUCACGUUGUGUAACCAACUAUUACUCGGCUCAUGACACGCAUGGCAGUCUAACCGUUGACCAGUUCUACGACCAGGAAGGAGAAGCCAUAGAAAGACUCAAUAGUGACUCAAUAUGGAAUUUCCACGUGUGGAAUGAGGUGUGGAUGACACGCCCGGACCUGUCGCCCGGUGAUUAUUCAGGUUGGCAAGUGAUUGAUGCAACGCCACAGGAAGAAUCAGACGGCACUUACCGUUGUGGGCCUGCUAGCGUGAAGGCUAUCAAGAGAGCAGAGAUCUUAAAACCUUACGACGGACCCUUCAUUUUUGCGGAAGUAAACGCCGAUCAGAUCUUCUGGAGGUACCAGGGUUCCAAACAGCCUCUGAAGCUCAUUCAGAAAGCCACGGAUAAAAUCGGCCAACGCAUCAGUACCAAGGCAGUGGGAAGUUUUGAGAGAGAGGAUCUGACACAUAACUACAAAUAUCCGGAAAGCUCCAGAGAAGAGCGUGAUGCGAUGCUAAACGCACUACGAAAAUGCAAGCACACAUUCACCCGGUACUACCUCAAUGAAGAGCUUGAAGAUGUUUGCUUCGACUUCCAGUUACUUGACGACAUUGUCAUUGGAUCACCAUUCAAUGUGCAACUGCGUGCUCGUAAUAAGAGUCGGAGUGACGAGUAUUCUCUGCACGUGAUUAUGCGUGUUGAAAGUAUCCAUUACACUGGCAGCCAGAAGAAGCACGUCAAGAGCGGCCGCUUUGACCUCCAGCUGAAGCCUAGCUCAGUGGAAGAGGUGAUACUCAACGUACCCUACUCAGAGUAUGAGAAAGUGCUUCUUGAUCAAGCCAUGUUCAACAUUGCUGCGAUGGCGACCGUCAAUGAGACGAAAUACGACUACUUUGCCCAGGAUGAUUUCAGAGUCCGUAUGCCAGACAUCAAAAUUGAGGUGGACGGCGAUCUAGUUGUGGGCAAGGCAAGCACUGUGACUGCUGGUUUUGUGAACCCUCUGCCAAAACCCCUCAGCAAAAGCUCGUUCUUAAUUGAAGGACCUGGACUCGACAAGCCACUGAAGAUUACUGUCAAACAAAAGAUACCCCCUCACGAAGAAGCGAAAGUUGUGUUCCAGCUGACGCCUCACACAGCGGGUCCUAAAUCGAUCCUUGCUAAGUUUUCAUCCAAAGAGUUGAGCGACAUCGACGGCUUCAAAGAAGUACAAGUGAAAAUGCCGAGCGACAACAACACGCUCAGCAAUGAGCUUUAAAUCUUGAAUCCCGUAGUAUGCUCGCCGUAGGAUGCCACGUAUCGCGGUGGCGGAGCAAGUCGACGGUGGCAUUGGAAGGUGGAAAAUUUCAUCUGCCUCCCUGGGCUCUGGCGGGUAAAAAUGAUUGAAUUGAAAAUGAGCGCCGAACGACUAAAGAUCAAUCUCACUCUGA